AUGCAGAACGAUCAGGGCUACGGCCAUCCGGAUUUCGCCACGACCGGAGCGCCUCAACAGCAGACCAUGUCUUUCGCAUCAACCUCGGACAUGUUCGACUAUCCAAUGUCCGCACCGGUAGCGCCGAAUGCGAGUUUUUGGGAUCCUUCGGCGGACAUGGCCGGCAUGGACUUGGAUUUUGCGAGCUUCGGGACCGGCGUGUUCGGAACGCCCAUAUCCUCGCACAGGCAGCUGGGCUCUUUCGAUGCCACCCAAAUGUUUUUGGACAACCCUUCGAUACUGCAGAACCAGCAGCAACAGCAAGUCCAGCAACAAAAUCGACAAGGCCAGGAUCACCGUCAACCAAUCCGGAAGGACAGGCCGCUGGCUCCCAAGCAGGCCAUGCCGAGUCGUGGAACGCUGACCUCUAGUGCUAGCAUGCCGUUGCACUCGUACUCAGGGAGCCUUGAUGACCCGUUUGGCAUCAUCAGCCCUAGUGGUGUGGGUGUUGACCCAGGUCUACUCUUCAGCCGACCUCAGUCCUCAGACAUGGACGCAAGCUUUGGCGUGAACCAGGCCGAAUCCCUCUCGCAUUUCUCCAUGGCCGAUGUCGCUCAGACUCUUUCCACGGCACCCAUGCGGCAGGAUAUGCGUCGAUCGGCCAGUACGAGGGAAAUACUGCCCAAUCGAGGGCCCGACCGUGCUUCAGCGAGUUCGCCCAACAAGAUCGCAGGCCGCCCUGGAGGUCUACAAAGGAGCUUCAGCGAGAAUCGAGGACGGCGACAAUUGCCGGUUUUGGCGCCAGCCAUACGCCCGACGCCCGCCCAACCCGCGGCCACCAGCUCGAACAGGCCACCAAGCGUCCGAUCCUCGGGAAGGAUAUCACCAUUAAAAAGUCAUACUCGUCUAUCCAGUCUCACCUCGAUCCCCGAAGCAGCACCACCACGAACCAGGACGUCCGUCAAGUUCACCAUCGACUCCAAGGGUCGAGCACGUGCAGAAACAACCAUGAUAGUAGAAGAGUCUGGCGCGGCAGGUCCUGCGCGGAGGAGACCGUCGCACGAGAUGCCACGCCGAGAACGAAGUUUCGAAUCCGAAGAUGAGGACUCCUCAACCGAUGACGAGCCAAUCAUCAUCCCGAGCCGCAAUGCAUCAUUUGCCUUGCCUGACCCUCAUAAACCCAUUGCGUCUGGGUUCAACACGUCGCAUCGUAGUGUCAGCGAACGGAAUUUGGCUAGCUUUACGAGGCUGAGCAGCGACGCUUUCGGCCAGGAUCCAGAGAGUGACGCAGAGACCGUGAUGAACGACUCACAACGCGGUGGACGAACGGCGGACACGAGCGGUGACGCGGCAAGCGAGCUGCGGCGCGUAGUCGAGAGCCGACAGAAGCUGGGCAUUCAGAUGCCCGGCAGCGCGCAGCGGUCUCACCGAUUCAGCACGGGGAGCUUCCCAGCGCACACCGGAUCACCGUCAAAGGGAUUAGAGCGAGGUUUCCCCACGCCAUCGACGGACGUCGGGAGCCGUGCUGUUCGAUGCGUCUGCAACCGAAACGGCGAUGGAGAGGGAUUCAUGGUUCAGUGGUAA